AUAAAGUAGUGCAGGCAUACUCUGGGAGUCUGGGAGGAGUCUGGGAAUGCUAGUGAGGUUUUCAUGAAUAGUUGGAAUAUACUCUGCAAACUUGCCUUUAUUCCUUAAUAUCUGAAAUGGGGGAAUCUUUGUAAAAAUCCAGUUUGCAAAGUAUAGUAUGCUGCUUGUCUCAAAUAAGAAAGGAAGAUAAUAUGACAUGGAAGCCCUGUCUUGGGUACCCUCUCCUCUCUCAAACAUAAAGGAGUGAAGGGGACCGUUCUAAGGAGCCAAGAUUCUGAAAGGAAAAUAAGAACUAUAUACAAGAAGAUAUUAUACAAGGCAGAAUGUAGUUAAGUACUAGUGGAAAGGAGGGAGAAGUUAUCUGUAAAGUGUGAGGAGGGACCAAAAAUUGACUUGGAGAUGGGCCUUGAAAGAAGGAUUAGACUUAAACAGGAGGAGAUAGGAAGAAAGGAUAAGAGAAAGGAAUUUUGAAGGAGUUCCUGUGUGGGGAAUGACAGGGGCAACAAGGAGAGGACCAGAACAAGUUCAGUUGGUCCAUUUUGGUUGAAGAUUGGAAGAAGAAAAGCAAGAGUGAUGCCUAGCUUGAAGCCAUUUAGAGUAGAGCUUUAAUGCCUUGCCAAGGAAUUUGUAGAAUCAAAGGUGGUUGAGUAAUUACAAAAAUGAUUUUGGCUGUAUUAUCCAGGAGGGCAUGGAGAACCUGGAAGCCCAGAUAUCAGUUCUUUCUGUGGUUCAACAGAAGGUGAUGAGCACUGAAGAAUCGUGGAAAGCACUUCAGUGAAGAUAUGGACCAGUGUGUAUAAGCAUGGAAUCUCCUUGCUAACCAUCACCACCUUGUUCUCCUUGAUAAGUGAGCGAAAGAGUGGGUCGGGGAGAAGGAAAAGAGGUCAACAUGAAGCUAAAGCAGCGAGUUGUGCUGUUAGCAAUUCUCCUUGUCAUCUUUAUCUUCACCAAAGUUUUCCUGAUUGACAACUUAGAUACAUCAGCUGCUAACCGGGAGGACCAGAGGGCUUUUCACCGAAUGAUGACUGGCUUACGGGUGGAGCUGGCGCCCAAGCUGGACCACACCUUGCAGUCUCCCUGGGAGAUUGCAGCCCAAUGGGUGGUUCCCCGGGAAGUGUACCCUGAAGAGACACCAGAGCUGGGGGCAAUCAUGCAUGCCAUGGCCACCAAGAAAAUCAUUAAAGCUGAUGUAGGUUAUAAAGGGACACAGCUGAAAGCCUUACUGAUUCUUGAAGGAGGACAGAAAGUUGUCUUCAAACCUAAGCGAUACAGCCGAGACUAUGUGGUGGAAGGGGAACCGUAUGCCGGUUAUGAUAGACACAAUGCAGAGGUAGCAGCCUUUCAUUUGGACAGGAUUCUAAGUUUCCGCCGAGCCCCCUUGGUGGUUGGCAGAUUUGUUAAUCUGCGAACGGAGAUCAAGCCUGUUGCCACGGAGCAGCUGUUGAGCACCUUCCUAACUGUAGGAAACAAUACUUGUUUCUAUGGGAAGUGUUACUACUGCCGAGAAACAGAGCCAGCUUGUGCUGAUGGAGACACAAUGGAGGGGUCUGUCACGCUUUGGCUUCCAGAUGUGUGGCCUCUGCAGAAACACCGACACCCGUGGGGCAGGACUUACCGAGAAGGCAAAUUGGCCAGGUGGGAGUAUGAUGAGAGCUACUGUGACGCUGUGAAGAAAACAUCCCCUUAUGACUCUGGCCCACGCCUCUUAGACAUUAUUGACACAGCUGUCUUUGACUACCUGAUCGGCAAUGCUGACCGCCAUCACUAUGAGAGCUUUCAAGAUGAUGAAGGCGCUAGUAUGCUCAUUCUUCUUGAUAAUGCCAAAAGCUUUGGGAACCCUUCGCUGGAAGAAAGAAGCAUUCUUGCCCCUCUCUAUCAGUGUUGCAUCAUUCGGGUUUCCACCUGGAACAGACUGAACUACCUAAAGAAUGGUGUGCUAAGGUCCGCCUUAAAAUCUGCCAUGGCCCAUGACCCCAUCUCCCCCGUGCUCUCUGAGCCUCACCUGGAUGCCGUGGACCAGCGGCUUCUGAGUGUCCUGGCCACUGUGAAGCAGUGUACUGACCAGUUUGGGAUGGACACGGUGCUGGUGGAAGAUAGGAUGCCUCUCUCCCACUUGUAAUUCUCAACACAAAAUAAGUGAAACUUCUUUUUACAAAGAUAGAGAAACAGCACAAUCAAUCCAAAUGGUAUGAGAGGGAUUGUAAAUGGCCAGCAGCAAGUUCUGGUGAUGGGGAACAGGGUGGCCUUGGAUGUCUUUGGUGUUUUCUGUAGCAGAAGCUAAAGCAAAGACUGCAAGUUUCAGAGCACGGAGAUGUUCCCGCUGAGUCACCUGACCUCCUCAGCAGUGGGUAUCAUAGUCACUUGGUCCUAAUUCCCAUGCCAAAGGACAAACAGAGGUGUGACAUUUGGAUAGGUGAAUGCUGGGAUUGGUUCUGGAGUGUGUGUUUUGAGCUGAACCUUGCAGUCCUUUGUCCACACCUAUGGAUUUUGUGGAAACACUUUGCAAUCUCUUGUGUCUUUUUUUUUUUUUUUUUUUUUUAACCAGGACUGG